AUAAACUCACACUUCACUUGAUAUGUAACAUGUGCCGUUUCAAACUAUAUUUAGUUAUCUUAUCAUACAAGGUCGCUUACCUACUAUAAAUAUGAUCAGAUCAAAAAUGACACUUAUACGAAAAUAUUCAAUAAUUACUUUACUUCUCACCUGUGUGGAAUGCUGCAUUCGUCCAGCACCACCAGCGGAAAAUUUCACCUUCGCGUCUUAUUAUGGAGAUCACAUGGUUCUUCAACGAGGGCCAAAGCAAGCGAUUAUAUGGGGAUAUGGUCCUACACCCGGAAGUAACGUCACUGUGAUGCUCAGCGGAGAAACACCAAUUAGCGUUAAGGUAGAUAAAGGAAACACGUGGAAAGUCAAACUAGCGGCAGUUACAGACUCAAAACCACAUACAAUAACAGCGAUGUCUUCAGCAGGAACGAUCAUGUUAAGUGAUGUCUUAUUUGGUGAUGUAUGGAUCUGUUCUGGUCAAAGUAACAUGGAGUUUAUUAUGAACCAUGUAGACAAUGCCACUGAAGAGAUCGCCGAUGCUGUUAAUUAUCCGGAUAUAAGAAUUUUUACAGUUGCCAUGGAAUCUUCUGCGGUACCAUUAUCUGAUCUAAAAAGUGUGGAGGAAAUUUGGUCUCUCCCAAACAAAGAAACGCUUGGAGGCGAUGGCUUCUUUUCAGCCGUAUGCUGGUUAUACGGGAAACGACUUUACAACAAGUUGAAAUAUCCAAUAGGGCUAGUAGCGUCAACAUGGGGAGGGACACCUAUAGAAACCUGGUCCGAUACAGCAGCCCUCAAGAAAUGUAAUAUUCCAACAAUUAAUAAUAAAAUGAAUGUAUCAUGGGUGCCUACUGCGCCGUCACUUUUAUGGAACGCUAUGAUGUUCCCACUAACAAAUAUGACCAUAUACGGUGCAAUAUGGUACCAAGGUGAGGCAAAUGCGAUUCCUCCAGCAAACCCAAACACGUAUAACUGUACGUUUCCAGCAAUGAUAUCAUCUUGGCGGGAAAACUUUCAUCUUAAUUCUGAAAUGCAGACAGACGAGCAAUUUCCAUUUGGAUUUGUGCAGCUUGGUCCAUGGCGAAAUGAUUCAACAAUAUCAACGGGAUUUCCUGACGUCAGAUGGCAUCAGACCGCAGACUAUGGUUACGUUCCUAAUGCUAAAAUGAACAAAGUAUUUAUGGCCACAGCUAUGGAUCUCCCAGAUUAUAGUUCACCUUAUGGCGGUAUUCAUCCAAGAGACAAACAAGAUGUUGCAGAUCGUCUGCUUUUAUCCGGUCUAUCAGUAGCAUAUGGUAGAAAUGCUGGGAAGUACCAAGGUCCAUUUCCGACAAAAUAUUUUAUGGACACAAACAGUAAAACUUACCUGAUUACCUAUGAUGAUGAUAGUGCUGAAAUAGAUGUAAGAUCUGCAGAAGGAUUUGAGGUAUGUUGCUCUGAGGAUAAGACAUCUGAUUGCAACACUGUCGAUUCUACAUGGAUAGCAGCUCCAAUUACAGACCAUGAUAAACAGACUGUAUCGAUAUCUUAUAAAGGUUGUGCUAGUCCUUACGUGGUGGCUAUAAGAUAUGCAUGGAGAGAAUCACCAUGUCCUUUUAAAAAAUGUGCUGUAUAUAGCGUUGAAAACAAUUUACCAGCACCUCCAUUUAUUCAGCUUAUCGCACAACCCUCAGACACUUUGUUGUUUCAUUAUGGAAAUGUCGUUAUUCCAGAAGUGAUUAAACAUUAAGAAAAGACAAACAAUAUGCUUUAAUACUUUGUACACUCAUGUAUGAAUUAUAUGCCUGUAUUUAUUUUUUUCUUAUUUUCAAUCGUUUAUAAAAUUAAGAAGCUGUGCAACCUAUUAAAUUAAAUCCUAUAUAACUA